AGUCUACACUUAGCCCCACUCGUGAGCUCCAGCUUAGUUUAGGGUUUCAUUCGCCGUUCCAGAAACCCCAAGGCCACUGAAGAUCUUGACCACCCGAAAAUGGCUCCCAAAAGAGGUGUAAAACCGGCCGCUGCUGCAAAGAAGAAAACUGAGAAGGUUGUGAACCCACUAUUUGAAAAGCGUACAAAGCAGUUUGGGAUCGGCGGUGCUUUGCCUCCAAAGAGAGAUUUGCACCGAUUUGUGAAAUGGCCCAAGGUUGUCCGUAUCCAGAGGAAGAAGAGGAUCCUCAAGCAACGUUUGAAGGUCCCACCAGCACUUAACCAGUUCACCAAGACUCUGGACAAGAACCUUGCUACAAGUCUCUUCAAGUUGCUACUCAAGUACAGACCUGAAGACAAAGCAGCAAAGAAGGAACGUCUGCUGAAAAGAGCUCAAGCUGAAACUGAAGGAAAAACUGUUGAGGCAAAGAAGCCAAUUGUUGUGAAAUAUGGACUCAACCACGUAACCUACCUGAUUGAGCAGAAUAAGGCUCAGCUAGUUGUUAUUGCUCAUGAUGUGGACCCCAUCGAGUUGGUUGUAUGGCUUCCAGCCUUGUGCAGGAAGAUGGAGAUCCCAUACUGCAUUGUGAAGGGGAAAUCACGCUUGGGAGCGAUUCUCCACAAGAAAACAGCGGCUGCACUUUGUUUGACCACUGUUAAGAAUGAGGAUAAGUUGGAGUUCAGCAAGAUUCUGGAGGCUAUCAAGGCCAACUUCAACGACAAGUACGAUGAGUACAGAAAGAAGUGGGGAGGUGGUAUCAUGGGCUCGAAAUCACAGGCCAGGACCAAGGCGAAGGAGAAGCUCUUAGCAAAGGAAGCCGCACAGAGGCUGAACUAGAAGUAUCUUCCAUAGAGAGGAGAGGGG